AUGACCGACUCCGAUCCCCCAAAAAAGUGCUGUGGGACUGAUUGCGACAAUGACGCGGGGACCUUACAAUGUCCGACCUGUCUGAAGCUGGGUGUCAAAGGCAGUUACUUCUGCUCUCAAGAGUGCUUCAAAAAGAAUUGGACCACACACAAGGCGUUGAUGCACAAAACACAAAAUGCUACCGGACUGUACAACCCCUUUCCGACAUACCCAUUCACAGGCUCGGUCAGGCCCGUAUAUCCACUUUCCCCGCGACGAUCGGUUCCCAAAUCAAUCAAGCGUCCCGACUGGGCCGAGACUGGCAUUCCAAAGCGUGAGAUGCGCUUGAGCAGGUCAAAAUGGGAUCUCUUGGAUGAAAAGGGCCAGCAGGCCAUGCGCAAGGUGUGCCGGUUGGCGCGAGAAGUCCUCGACAUCACUGCCGCCGCGGUGAAGCCCGGCGUGACCACCGAUUACCUGGAUGAAAUCUGCCACAAUGCUUGUAUCGAGCGAGAUUCAUAUCCAUCUCCACUCAACUACAACCACUUUCCCAAGUCAAUAUGUACUUCUCCCAAUGAGGUUGUAUGCCACGGCAUUCCUGAUCAGCGAGUUCUUCUUGAUGGCGACAUUCUCAACCUCGAUGUUUCUCUGUACCACGGCGGAUAUCAUGCCGACUUGAACGAAACCUACUACGUUGGCGACAAGGCCAAAGCGGAUCCGGACUCGGUCAGACUCGUCGAAACGACGCGGGAGGCCUUGGACAUGGCUAUUGAGAUCGUCAAACCGGGCGUGCCGAUUCGAGAGUUUGGCAAGAUCAUCGAAAAGCACGCAACCUCGAGGGGUCUGGUCGUCAUCAAGACUUGGGGCGGCCACGGUAUCAACUCGGAAUUCCACCCUCCUCCUUGGAUUCCCCACUACGCGAAGAACAAGGCAGUAGGCACCUGUAAACCCGGGAUGACAUUCACAAUUGAACCGAUCCUGGCGUUGGGCGGCAACCGAGAAAAGUAUUGGCCAGAUGACUGGACAAAUGUUACGGUGGACGGCAAGCGGACAGCACAAUUCGAACAUACUCUACUUGUGACGGAAACAGGCGUCGAGGUUUUGACGGCGAGACUGGAGAACUCUCCAGGCGGGCCAAUCCCCAUACCGGAGGUUGCCAACGGAAAGGCCAACGGACAUGCAGAUGGAGAUGCAAAUGGGGAAGUAAAAAACUAA